GCUCCGUGCAUUUGUGCCUGUUUGGUGUCAGAAGCACAUAUAUAAGUAGCAAUAGGAGAAAAAUUAAUCCGCAGAAUCCGCUGCAUUCACAGCCGCAGUCAAUAAGAAGGGCACAGACCGCUCUCUUCCGCUAGAGACAACAGACUGAACCAUCAAACCAGCAAGCUUCGAGUCUGUCCAUAUUAUUAUGCAGUAUAUAAACAUGGCGGUUUAUCAACAUGCCUCAGCUCGAAAAGAUCUAUAUUUAGAUGUCAUGUUGUAGAGCAUCUCUUCGGAAGUAAAAGAGGAAAAAGUCUUGUCGUGAUUUAGGUUAUUAUACUAAGGGAUUAUACAAUAUAGCUUUCCUGUACGCAUAAUAUGUAUGCAUAAAAUAUCUAACAAAAUGCCAAGACCGGGCACUGGAGAAAACUGACUGAACUAACCAAAAGAAAACAUCAGAAAAAUAUGGGAUACAAGAUCCCAGGGGCUGCCAUGGAUCGUGUUAGCCUACUCUGGCGGUUGAGGCGUCGGGCUCGUCGAGGAGCCCUGUGCAUGGCUCUGUUCUGUAUGACCAUGGCUCUCCUGUACACCCUUUGCGCUGAAAACAGCAUACCUGUCACAGAUGCCAUUUUUGGGGUGAAGGCGAGAACUCGAGCUCAACCAAGAGCGCACUCAAUUGUUAAGGUAUUGCGGGGAACAGGAGGGUCGAAACCCAUGUAUACUGACCCUCAAAAGCUCCCAGGUGUCAUUCCUGGAGAUCCUCAGAAGCCUAUUCCCAUCCUGUCAUCUUCUAACUACACAAUGGAGAGCAGUUCUAAGGACCACAGCCUCAGGGGCAAAAGAAGAGAACAUGGGCUAUUUUACUGGCUUUUGGCGCAACCGCUGAGACGUGUUUUAGAGACUAUUUUUGGAGGCAGACGGAGAGGAGAUAUGGGUGCUGCAAGUGGGGAUGCUGUUGUUUUUGGGCCUAAUGGAGCACUUGGAGAAGUCUGGAAUGAGGACAUGUCAAGCACAAUGCUGGGAAAAAGGUUGAGGAAGGUGGUGCAGAACUAUCAGGCAAUGAAUAAAUAUGGAGUUAAGUACCGACCUCAGAGUGCAGCACAUCGUUCCAAACUCAGUGGCCCUGAACUUCUCUGUCAAAUCAAGGAGAUGGUUCAAAUUGCAACUUUAACACCAGAUAUGGAGCCAUUUUCUGGGUUUCCCUGGGCCUCUCAGUUACCUCCGCACCAAAUAACCACUGAUAUUGGCCCGUUUAAGACCUGCGCAGUGGUAUCAUCUGCAGGUUCUCUCAAAAACUCUGGAUUAGGAAAGGAAAUAGAUACACAUGAUGCUGUGAUACGGUUCAAUGCCGCACCAACAACAGGCUUUGAGAAAGAUGUUGGCUCUAAAACAACAGUGCGACUGAUCAAUUCCCAGGUAAUGGCAUCUGAAGACCACCAUUUCCUCUCCAGUUCUUUGUACAGUGCAGGGAUUUUAGUGAGCUGGGAUCCUGGCCCUUAUUCCGGUGAUCUACAGGAGUGGUUCAACAAGACAGAUUACCCUAUAUUUAAACAAUAUCAGCGGUAUCGACGCUUGCACCCCCAACAGCCAUUUUAUAUUCUACACCCACGGAUGGAAUGGCAGCUGUGGCAGCGAAUACAAGACAAUAUGGGCGAGACUAUACAAAAAAACCCACCCUCAUCAGGCCUGCUGGGCACAGUUUUAAUGAUGUCCCUGUGUGAAGUGGUACAUGUGUAUGAGUUCCUACCUUCGCGACGGAAAACCGAGCUGUGCCACUACUACCAGCGCUUCAGUGAUGCUGCCUGCACCCUAGGUGCCUACCACCCAUUAUUAUAUGAGAAGAACCUGGUAAAGAGGAUGAACCAGGGGUCUGACCGUGACAUCUACACCCAUGGCAAGGUUACUCUCCCUGGGUUCACAACAUUUAACUGCACUCAUAGCUCCACUUCUAACACUCUGUCAAAGACAUAAUUUGAGGGUAAACUGAUUUUCUUGGCACACUUUCAGAAUGUAACAGUGAAGCGCAUGAUUUAGUCUACAACUGCAACAAGUAUUCAGUCUGGUCUCUGAGAUCAGAAGUCGGCUCACUGGUGGAGAAUGAAAAACUAACUCACUUACUGAAAGGAAAUUAAUUCAUAUGGACACAAAAUGUUGAAUAUAGUGGCAAGUUCUGUAUAUGUGUAAACUACUGUCCAUCGUUCCCUAACUAGUCCCAUAGUGGUAAAUUCAUACUGUUUGCUGUUAAUAGAAAAAAGAUCUCAAUACCACAUAUCUGCCUCUCAUGUAAGAUGCAAGCACUGGCUUUCAAACACUGCCUAAUAGGGGUGUAACAGUACACAAAUGGUACGUACCUCAGUAUUGAAGCUACGGUUCGGUAGAGCAGGGGGAAGUAAACUAAAGAUAAAGUUGUUUUUUUUAUUUUUAUUAAACAGUGGUUUAUUGAACAAAUUCUCCCUCUCUCUUUAAAUAAAUUCAAUUAUAAUUAACAUUUUCUUAAGGAUAAAAAAUCUAUCUCAGCUAAUACUCUAUAUAUACAGGGAGCCCUUUCUUGCACAUUACUAUAAUAUUAAAGGUUACAAUUAACAACAGAGCCCAAACUAUUAAAUUCAGUUGCUAUUUAUUUUUAGAUAUAAUAAUCAACGCUCAACGCUUGCACACAAGGCAGUUUUUGCAUUAACUUUUAAUUUUAACAUUAAUAAUUUUUCAAUUAUUUUUCUAUUCUAAUUCAUUUUAAAAAUAUAAUCAUUUAACACAGUUACUGUGUUAACUUAUUUUCAUGUCAAAUUUAUUAUAUAUUAAAUAAUUAAGACAUUAUUAACAGCUAAUGUAAAUAUAAUUAAUAUAGUAAAGCUGCAAGCAGCAAUGAAACGGCCCUUGCACCCGUGCCACCACCGCCACCUGGUGGCUUUAGGAGUUCACAGUGUAAAACAUGACUUUUCCUGUUGCCCGCAGGUGGCGCUAUGACUGUAACUGAAUAUUGGUAUGUAGAUGUCUUCAGGCCAGGACUCUAAUAAAACAUGAAGUUUGGGGCAAAUCGGACCUUGUAUGCCCGAGUUACAACAACUUCCUGUUUCAAGGCGAAACAUCAAAUUUUGUCAGGCCGCCUUGAGUGAAAACUUGAGAGCUUCGCAAUUUAAUCUCGCAAAAGCCUUUAGAUUAGACUGACCAAAUAUGAUGUUUAUGUGAUAAAAUCUAUCAGAUCUUAAAAGUACAUCAGGAAAUGGCAGAAACUGCAAAAAUUUUGCAAAGAAAAUUCAAAAUAUCUCACGUCCUGUUAGGUUUUCAGAUUUUGCUCCCAGGGACUUUUUUGUAGGUAUUGGGCUAUUAGAUGUGUCUACCGAAUUUCAUAC